AUGUCGUGGACAAAUGAUGUAGUUUUAGAAUUUCUGGAUCUGUAUAAAAGGGAGGAUAUUCUCUGGGAUCCCAAAAAUCCAUUACAUAGAAACAGAAGAGAAAUCAGUGAAGCAUGGACUAGAAUUCAGACAUCAUUAAGUAUUAAUUGUUCAGUGCAAGAUCUGAAAAAAAAGAAAGAGUCUCUAAUGACGUCCUUUAGAAUGCACUGGAAUAGAAAGAAAAAAUCAUUAGGAAAUUAUCAUACUACUUGGUUCGCUUAUCCAUGCAUGGAAAGUUUUCUGAGCGAGAAAUAUGAAUGUGACAGUACAGAACAAUUGGAAAACGAGUUCUUCAAUAAUACAAUCGACCAAUCACAACAGCAACAAAUAUCAUCGGAACUUAAUAUUGGCCAAAGAUAUACGACAACAGAAAGAAAUAAUGAUGUUAAAAGAUAUACGAGGUCGACUGUUUCGACUAAUACCACUAAUAACAAAACAAACAAAACAAGUAAUUCAAAUUAUGACCAUGUAUAUACCAAAAAAGAAACAAACGAAGACGAGCGGUUAUUGAGACUCCCUACAGAGAGAAGAGAUAUUGAUGAAUACGACUUGUACGGCCAACUUUUGGCAAAAAAGUUAAGAAAACUAGAAGAACACCAGCGAGACGUUGCUAUGCACGAGAUCGAUAAUAUUAUGUUUAGAGCUAAAAUGCAAAGUAGCACAAGUCAAGCUCGAAGCUUUUCGUCUUCCCCUUCGCCUGUGCCCAGAAAGAUGAAGUCGCCCGUUUUCAUAGUGACCCAGCAAAACCAUCAACAAUAUGAAGAUGAAAAUAUCCCCUAUCAAGAACAUAUGCAACCCCAAGCGCCGUCUUAG